AUGAACGGCGACGCCCAAGACCCGUCCACACAAUCGGCACAACAACCUCAAAAGUUCCUGCGCUACAGAUCGGUCCGCAAGUCCGCUGUCAAAGACCCCGAUCCUCAAAGUCCUCCCCCUCCCUUACCGCAGACGUCACAGACCUCCUUGGCGCGCCUUCCUUCGAGAUAUCAUCGCCGACCACCAGCGACUCAAACUGCGCCCUUGCCCGACGAACCGCCUUUGCCUUCCACCUUCAAUGGCGCGACGGUCUCGAGACCCCGAGGCCAGACAAUUAACAGCGCAACUGAAGAUGGCCAGACCAGACUGGCAGACAACGGCGGCCGCCGGAUGGUCAUUGAACACAGCAGUUCGCAACCCGGGACGCGGCCGACAACCAGCAAAAGCACUCCCCGCAAGCAGACAUUGACUUCUAGCAUAGAAGAGCCGUCACCUGAACAGCUUCGGAGGUCGCUCGAGGCUGCUAGGGAAGAGGCGCGUUUGAUUUUGGAAGGUGAAUAUGACCGAGUCAGAGCACUAAGGCAACAGGAGGUCAGGCGGAAGCAUGAAGAGCGAGAAAAGCGCAGGAGGCAAGAAGAGAAAUUGGCACGGGAGGCUCGUCAGCGAGAAGCAGAGGAGGCUGCAAGACAAGAAGCCAGAAAGCGAUCAGAUCUGGCCCGAUACAAAGACAGUCAGCGCCGUGAGGAAAGUAUCGAUGAACAAGAUGAAGCUCCAGCGCCGCCGACGCCGGAAGUUGUUCAUGACUCGAACAAUUCGAGGACACGUACGCUGGUCAUUGGUGGACAGCAGACCACCUCGAGCAAACAGGAUAAACAUGCGCAUCACCGCCGGGCAUCAUCAGCGGUUGAGCAGUUGCGACAGAAGCCCAAGCAAAGUCACGCUCGGACCAACAGCGUCGGUAAGAUCGACGAAAAGCCCGACAGUGAAGCACCGGUGCCCAUACCGAACUUCGACGCCCCAGUAUCGGCUGUCAACGCCGGGGAACGGAGGGUAAGCGUCAAAUGUAAGGAAGCGUUCAUUACUCUCCCUGUCACACCCUCUACCACAUCCAAGGACAUCCUGAGGGCCGCCUCCCUCUGCAUGUCCGAGCCGAUUGACCCUCGGACGGCUCUCCUGUUGGAAUCCUUCUCGCAGCUUGGGCUAGAGAGGCCGCUCCGAAGAUAUGAGCGGAUACGUGAUGUGAUGAACUCUUGGGACAAUGAUACUCAGAAUCAUCUCUUCAUCAUGGCCGAAGGCGAAUGUGCUGCCCCGGGAUUGCAGCUCGCAGACGCUCCCAAGCGACAGCCUUGUGGGACCGUAGUCCACAUCUACCAUUCGCAGCGGGCUGGAAAGUGGGACAAACGCUGGUUAAAAUUGAGAGAGGACGGACAGAUCACCACGUCCAAGAAUGAGAGCGGUAUCGAUUCCACCAAUAUCUGUCACUUGUCGGACUUUGACUUGUACGCCCCCACCGCAAAACAGAUCAAAAAGCUCAAGCCUCCGAAGAAGAUGGGCUUUGCCCUGAAAAGCCAGGCGAAGUCUGCCAUGUUCCUAGACGGGGCAAAUUUUGUGCACUUCUUCUGUACCAAGGACAAGACGGUCGCCGACGAAUGGUAUCAUGCCGUUCAUUCAUGGCGGAGUUGGUACCUGGCCAACAUGCUUGGUGAAGGUCAACAGAAACCGACUGAACCGGUGGAAAGAGUACGGCUAGGAAGCAGGCCGGGGACAAGGGAUUCCAAAGAAUCGUUGCCUUAUGUGCUCGGUUCUUUCAAACCGCUGCUGGAUUUGGGUUCUGCUUUGGACGGAGGCCGAAAAUCAGCAUCGGAUGUGGCGCACCGGGCGUCACAGCCAGACGACCUGAGGCCGUUGAUUGAUUUCGUGCCCGAGAGACCGAGCAUUGACGAAAAAACGGCCAGCCCCAAAGCUCCUUCGAGAUCACAAGGAGCUCCACCCACGGCAUUUCCGCGAAAGUUUAUGGUUGAGUCAGCAACAAAUGGUAAUAUCGAUGAUGCAGACGGUCCGUUUACUGGAACUGGUCUCCUAGCCCGUAGUGCCAGUCGCCGGGCUCAGGGCGGUCAGCGAUCAGGUCACGGUGUGCCAGGCAAGCCGUUGGUUGAUCUCGCGCCAACGAGCGAAUUUACUGAUGGCAGUUUGCUCCGGAAGAUGGAAGCCAUGACCACUCAGCAAGGAGUGCCGGAACCCAAGAUCGACCGACAGAGGAGGAGAGAGGUCGACAUGGCGGUCGGUGAAGGAUUCUACUAG